AUGCCCCUUAGUGUGUUUAUAAAUGUUUUCCUUCUCUUCCAUUUUUCCGUUUCUGCAAUCUUUCAAACUUCUUCUUUCCUUGCUCGUGCUGUAUUCUUGUGUUCGAAGAUUUCCGCUCUCUCCAACCUUCAUUUCUUGGAUAAAGAUAUGGCAAGGAAGAAUGCUCAGGAGGCUUACCAAAGGGUCCAGGAGGCUAAAGCGAAGUCCCGGGCUAGGUCCGGGGGUGCCAAAGCAGUCAUCUCUCCUCCUCCUCCUCCUCCUCCUCCUAGGAAUGUGGGCACUCCCUCUCAACCCAUUGUCAUUUCUUCCUCAAAUAUGGCAAGGAAGAAUGCUCAGGAGGCUUACCAAAGGGUCCAGGAGGCUAAAGCGAAGUCCCGGGCUAGGUCCGGGGGUGCCAAAGCAGUCAUCUCUCCUCCUCCUCCUCCUCCUCCUCCUAGGAAUGUGGGCACUCCCUCUCAACCCAUUGUCAUUUCUUCCUCAAAUAUGGCAAGGAAGAAUGCUCAGGAGGCUUACCAAAGGGUCCAGGAGGCUAAAGCGAAGUCCCGGGCUAGGUCCGGGGGUGCCAAAGCAGUCAUCUCUCCUCCUCCUCCUCCUCCUCCUCCUAGGAAUGUGGGCACUCCCUCUCAACCCAUUGUCAUUUCUUCCUCAAGUUUGUCUCGACCACCCCCUUCUGCCCAAAUUCUCUCCGAGCCAGAGAAGAAGAAGCGCAAGACUUCGGAGUCUGGCUCUUCUUUGGAUGGUAGGGUGGUUAUUGAUGGCGCCAUCGUUGAUCCUCCUGUCCCCGAGGUUGUUUCCGAGUCAGAUUUGAAGACUCGGGGGCAGAGGAUUAUUGAGUCUCCUCCUCAUUCCCGAGAUGCUCCGAGUUCUUCAGCCGUUCAUCCGACUUCCUCUUCAGCUCCCUCUCCUGGUCCUGGUGGCGCUCCUCCCGAGUCUGGCGGUGGUGAUUCCUCUACUCCUUUGAAGAAAUGA